UGCUGAUUCACACGCUGAAGUGAAACAACGUCCCGUGUUUGCAAGAUAUAAACAUGUCAUUGUGAGAAAACUGCGGCGUAUUAGCGACAGUAUUUUCCGAGAGGUUAUCAUGGUCCCUACAGACUUUAAGGCCCUGAUCCAGAGGUUUUAUCAUCUCCAGUCGGAGCGGGUAGAAACCUAUCAGCUCUUUGAAGAAGGACAUGAGGCCUACUUGAGGACAGGGCCUCAUUAUGACUUCGACCACUACAAGCAGCUGGUCCAUGAGGUAACGCAGGCCUUUUGUGGCAUCUCUAAGGAAGUGCUUGAGAUCAAGGAGAAGCUGCACCAUGAGUUUGACAGGCCAGCCCUUUCUGAGCACAUUGAAAAGCUGCAGUGCAAAGAGAAACAGAAACUUGAACUGACAGCCAAGCUGCAGCUGGCCAGGCAGCGGGCCCAGGAUCACCCGGAGGACGAAGGCUGUCAAGAGCAGAUUCAGGAGAUCAAGCACGAGAUCAUCAAGAACAAAGAGGCUCUGAGUGAGAUCAUGCAGGACUUUAAGUACGACUCUGAGGAGUGUGAUUGACAGGUGGCUCCCAGGAGGCCUGCAGCCGCCCUCUCACAUCACCAGACGGCCGAGCUGACGGAUCGACUCGGCUCUGCUGCAACUUCCAUCUUGGACUCUUUGGCUAUACUCAUUGAUCCGCCUCUGGCUCCACCCUGCUCGCUGCUGCAGUCUUACUCCACCCUGCGGGGGGCUUCUCGCAGUCUGGGUCUGUGUGUCUCUAUCUGUUAUUAUGUGUUUAGGUAAAUGCAUGCCUCAGCAAGAAAACAAAAAAGAAAAAGAAAAGAAAAAUCAAACAAAAAAGCUGAAAAUAUGUGUAAAUAAUUUAAAGGUUAAAUAAUUCCUUGAGGCUCAUCUCAUUAUCUUUGUUUAUUUGAAAUAUUUUAUUUUUAAAUUAAAAAAAGCUUUACUUUUUACUGUUUUAUACAUCAGAGUAUUUUUCAGAGGCGCUAUUGGUGCAGUAACAGGAUAUAAUUUAUUAAAAAAAUACAAAAAACAGAA